AUUGCGGCCAAAAAAUACGUUUAUUCAGGCAAGGCCAAACCUUCAGUUGGACCGACUCGCACUUGCGCACUUUAAAAAGAUGCUGAAUAUCAGUUGAGGCAGGAGCCUCGUUCUGGUGGUCAGUGCAAAUUAGCCCGUUAGUCACAGUUUUGUCCCGAGCUAGCUAAUUGUUUGUUUUAGAUAAGAAAAGGUCGAAUAAACAGGAUAUUUUUGUUUAGGUUAUGUCCAGUAGCUUGCGUACUCCUUCAUUGUGUUUAUAAACAAAGCCAUGUCUAAAUUAUAGCUUUACAUUUUCUUAUUUAGCGGGGAAAACCUUUAUGCUAGUGAACGUGUAAUAGCCAAUAGUCCAAUUACGACAAGUGUACGGAUAACAGGCGGCUGAGAAGAGGACAACAACAACAAGACAAGACGUGUGUAUGCAGGGCUUGGAGACAUUCACAUUGGGGAUUCACAAUGCUGUCAGCAAACCUAGCUGUAUGCCCAAGAUCAUGUUAAGUACACCAGCAGCUGCUCCUUCAUUUCCCACCCCCUGGAUGUGUGUUGACUACUCUCAGUAUGUUUAUUAAUGUCUUUCACACCACCUUCUGUCAAAGCAGGUUAAACAAAUCUCCUAAAAACUGCAGGCUGGUCUCUUUGCCUUGUCCCGAAGGGAGCAGCAGCAGCAGCAGCAGCAGCAGCUCUGUGUUUGUCUUUUGGUUGGUGACAGCACGGGAACAUGUGGUCCUGCAGCGGCCAAUGCCGAGCCCAGAGCAGGCGAUCAGCACUGUCAGACUAGCAGCAGCAGUGCUGGCACGGGAGAGGGACUCUGUAGUCCCCCUGCAGAGAGAAACCCCCUUAAAAGAGAGAGAGAGAGGGAGAGAGAGGGAUUUGAUUACAGAGCGGAGGAUGAGGAUGCAGUGGGAGGAAGGGGAUGUUGCAGAGGAGUCUGCAAGGAGGCAAAAACAAACAGGAGGACAGGCUGUGUGAUCCAGAUCUCAAGAUGUAGGAGCCGCAUCAGAAGAGCCCUCUGUCAAAGUGUGAGUGUGUGAACGCACUGUAACAUCAGGGGACUUGUGUUUCAAGGAUAGUGAAGGUGGAGAGAGGCGCAACCUGAGAAGUCCCCUCUCCAUCUCCACAGAGGAUGACAAAUUAGUCCUUAUUCAGCAAGGAGCGAGAGCAUCACCCUGAGGUUAGUGAAGUGCAAAGUCAUACUGUUUCCACCUGAUUUGAACAUGUUGUUCUCACUUAUCCCCUCUCUUCUUUGACACUUGUUUUUGUCCAGUAUGGAAAUGAUUUGUGUGUGCAGCACUGUCGCUGGCGAUUUCCUCAUGCUCUGCCACUUGUUAAUAUAAACUAUGGCUGUAUUCAGUCAGUGUGUUGUUCAUGAAUGCGCUCCUGUCCCCCGCUGACCUGUCAGGGGGAAAAAGCGUGGUGACGAAGUGGGGCUUGUUGUCUCUUGAUGUGAUGUCUUUAUCCAGGAUCAGAUGUUGUCCACAGCUCAGCAGAUGCUGCAGGAUAGCCGCUCCAAGAUCGAGCUGAUCCGACUGCAGAUUAUCAAAGUCACCCAGGCUGGCAGCAGCAGUGGCGGCAGCGGUAUUACCGAUGAUGGUGGCGGCAACCAUGACAGCUCUACACAUGGAGGGAUCUCUCCGGUCGCUGUCAGUCCUGUGGAUGCUCGUUUGGCAGAGUUGCAGCACUACAUGCAGAGAGAGACAGAUGCGUUGGUGCUGGCCAAAGAUGUGGUGAAGCAGCUGGAGGGAAUCUCAUCGCUGGACCAGAAGGCACUGGCAGAGGCUCGGUCCCGGGUGCAGGAGUCCUCCCAGAAGCUGGAUCUUCUGCAGCUGUCCCUGGAGAAAUGCCCGAAGGAAAAGAACCAGGCGCCUCUACAGCAGAAUGCAGGGGGGGUCAACUCUUCAGAGGGACCCCCGUCUCCCCAAAUCUCCAGACCUGGUUGUCCCCUGUCCACCUCCCCGUCCAUCUUCUCUAUCAGACCUGCCUCCUUGACUGGUAUACUUGAAGUCAGGCUUCUUGGAUGUGAGGACUUACUGAAACCUCUGACACACCCAGAGCAGGAAAACCAUCUGAGUCCCACUGAGGACAGUUCACCAGCUGCUCAUGGGACCAACAGACCCUCUGUGGAGAUCAGCGCGGUGCUCAGGCUGGACACCAGAGCGGUCGGCCAGACUCGCUGGGCAGCCGUCAGCAGGCUGAGCUGGGAUCAGACGUUCUGCAUCCAGCUGGAGCGGUCUCGAGAGCUGGAGGUCGGUGUGUUCUGGCGGGACCGGAGGGCGAUGUGUGCAGUCAAGUUCCUGCGACUGGAGGAGAUGAUGGACAACCCAGACCACAGCCAGGAGUUAAGUCUGGAGCCACAGGGGCUCCUCUAUGCCAAGCUUCGAUUCAUUGACGCUGUCAUUGAGCGGCAGCCGAAACUGAGACGUCAGCGAUGUAUCUUCACUAAAGAGAGAGGGAAGAACUUCCUCAGAGCGGCCCAGAUGAACAUGAAUUUUGCCACAUGGGGUCAUCUGAUGAUGAGCAUCCUCCCUCGCUACAGCUCUUUCACCACAUUCAGCUCGUCCCUUUCUACGACCCCCGACGUCGUGGCCAACAACACCCUGCGUCCAACUGAGAAGGAGCUUCAGACCACCUCUCCACUGCCAAGUGAAGCUCCAGUAAUCAGACUCAGCAUCACUGAGGAUCAGCCCUCUCCCACCAGCCUCGACCAGGGAGACAACACUCCCACCAUCAUCACUACAGCACACAAAACCUCAUCUGUGCCUGCACUGCAAGAAAACCUGUCAUCCAUAAACAAUACAGAAGAAAGUGAAGAUCAACCUGUAUCUGCUCCAAAGAUGCAGAUGGAAGAUUACAAAUAUAUUUCAGUUCUUGGCAGAGGACACUUUGGGAAGGUCCUGCUGGCAGAGUUUAAGAAGACAGGAAAACUGUACGCCAUCAAAGCCUUGAAGAAAAAAGACAUUGUGACUCGUGAUGAAGUGGACAGCCUUAUGAGUGAGAAGAGGAUCUUUGAGAUGAUCAACGCAUCUAGACAUCCGUUCCUGGUGAACCUCCACGGCUGCUUCCAGACCAGCGACCACGUCUGCUUUGUCAUGGAGUAUUUACCAGGCGGCGACCUCAUGAUCCACAUCCACAACAACGUCUUCACCGAGGCCCAGACCAGGUUUUAUUCAGCAUGUGUCCUGCUGGGUUUAGAGUUCCUGCAUCUGAAUAAAAUCAUCUAUCGAGAUCUGAAGCUGGACAACCUGUUAAUGGAUGCUGAUGGAUUUGUGAAAAUCACAGACUUUGGACUUUGUAAAGAAGGGAUGGGUUACGGAGAUCGAACCUCGACUUUCUGUGGGACUCCCGAGUUUCUGGCUCCUGAGGUCCUGACAGACGACAACUACACCCGAGCAGUGGACUGGUGGGGGAUGGGCGUCCUCAUCUACGAGAUGCUUGUGGGAGAGUCUCCGUUUCCUGGUGAGGAUGAGGAGGAGGUGUUUGACAGCAUUGUCAAUGAUGAUGUGCAGUAUCCAGGGUCUCUUCCUCCUGGUGCUGUCUCCAUCAUCCAGAAGCUGUUGAAGAGGAAUCCUCUGAAAAGGCUCGGAGCUGGAGAGAGGGACGCAAACGAGGUCAAAGGAGAGAAAUUCUUUGAGACCAUCGACUGGGAAGCCCUGCUGGCCAAGAGAGUAAAACCACCGUUCCUGCCGUCAAUCAAAGAGUCGAUGGAUGUCAGCAACUUCGACAGCGAGUUCACUCGACUCCAGCCAAUCCUGUCGCCUCCCUCCAAGCCCUUCAGCCUCUCUGCCGAGCAGCAGGAAGCCUUCGCGGACUUCGACUUCUGCGCCUUGCAUGGAUGAAAGACGAGCUGAAAAGACCAGAGUGGGGAAAU